GCUGGGGCGCUGCGGAGCCCGGGCUGGUCUCCUCGCGGGGUCGCCCCGCUGGUGCGGAUGGGCAGCGUUGAUGUCCUCUCUCUUUCCAAGCAGGAAAUGGCAGCGCUGGGCAGGUCCUGUCAGGGCGUCCCCGCAGGCCCUGCUGUGGAGUUCCCGCAGGCGCCGGCCGCGGCCCCCGACCGCCACGGCCUGCAGCCUGCCGCCCACGACCGCCUACAGCACCCCGCGAUGAUGAUGAUGAUGGCCGGGAACGGAAGCGACGGUACCGAUAGCGGCCAUUCCUCCGGCCUGUACCUCCCAAGCGGCUUCGAUGUGGCCUCACUCGCCGCGCUGGGCAGUUACAACGAGGGCUCGCCUGUGGCUCCGGUGGGCUCCUUCACGAGCGCCGCGCACCCGCAGCAGGGCCUCGGCCAUGGCUCUGUUCGCUGUGGAAAGAAGCAUAAGCUAGAAGAAGAGACGGAAGGUUGUCCUGUGCGGAAGAAGAGACUGACAGGAGCCAAAAAUUGCCCUUUGAAUCCCAACACUGAAGAAUGGAUUCUCUGUGCAGGUCAGCAGGCAGCUGGGGAGGUAGCAAGUCAGUAUGAUGGCAGCGGUCCUGAAACUGCCAUGUUAGAAAUUCCCUGUGAAGAAAUGGAUCAGACAAUGGGGGAACAGCAAUGCGAGGUUGCUCGCAGGAAGCUUCAGGAAAUUGAGGACAGGAUAAUUGAUGAAGAUGAGGAAGUUCAUGCUGAUGGAAAUGUUAGCAAUCUGCCCACUCUUAUCCUGUCAGAUACCCUUAAAAAAGGGAUGAAGAGGGAUUUUGAUGAAGUCCUGACAAAGAAAAUAAUAGAAUCUAUGAGCCGUCCUUCUAUGGAGCUGGUGCUUUGGAAACCUCUUCCUGAAUUUCUCUCAGAUAAACUGAAGUCUGCUUCUGUUAAGAACUUCAAGCAGCAGUGUAUAGAAGGGUGUCAAGCUAAGCAGUCAACACCAAGAGCUGCUUUUGACCCACAGACUGAAACAUUCCCCGAAUCACAACAGACUGACAUGUCUCCAGAUCCAUAUGCUACUUUGGGAAUCUCUGGGUGUGCAGAAGAAGAAAUGGAGUUGUAGAUACGAGACUGAAGACUGAGAAUGGUGAGCUUCAGAUGGGUUUUAUUCCUUUUUUAUUUAAUUCCCUCUUUCUUUCUGAUUUGAUGUGUGAAUCUGAAAUUUUAUUUCUUUUUCUUACUAACAAUCAUAAAAAAUGGAUUGGCCAGACACAAGGUAACUGAAAAAACUCCCAAGAUUUCUCUACUCUGGCAUGUUAAAUAUUCUUGUUUUUACUGAGGAGGUAAUCCUUUGGAACAAGGAAGUAGCUUUCCAUCUUGCUUAAUGGUGGAAUAUCCUCUCAAUUGUUCUUGGUAAAGCAUAAAAUCCAAAUAUUGAAUGUAACUGUGGCUUAAGCCACAUCUUUCACGUGCUGAGCCAUUAAGACUUUGUUGCACAUACUAUGCUUGGUCAGUUAGUUUAAUUUGAACUACAAAAGGAUAUGGAAAGGAAGAAAUACUUUUGAGUUUAGACACAGACAGAAGAGCAAUCCCUGUGGUAAUACAGCUUUUCACACUAUUUCAUCUCUGGCUGGUUUGUACUUGAUGCACACUCAUGUAGAAAUUGCACAUUCUGCAGCGUGAUAGAGAAGGAAUGUUAUAGCUGAGCAUAAACCUCUUGCUUUGUAGAAAGUAAAACCAGCUACUAGCUUGCAAGGUAUCUAACUUUAGUCAUCAUCUUUGGCUCAUUAGCUCCUAAACUGUGCUUGUGGGGUUUUGCUGCCACCCUCCCCAAACAAUGUAAAGUCUGGAAAAAAGUGGUUCUCAGCCAAUUGAUUCACUUACAUUGUGCUGUGAUUCUUCAUAUGCAUCGAAUUGGAAAGUCAGCUAAAGGCAGUGUAACUUUUGAUGAAAUAAAUGGUAUCCUUUAAUUUUUAUAAACACAGUAACCAAAUCAGGUACCAGGGAGCCACUUUCUGGCAUAAACAGGGUCAAAUGCUGGUUAUUAUCUGUAACAAAGUCCCAGACUUGAGGACCUGAAACUGCUGGCACUGGUAGUGAAGAUGCUUGUCUUCUGUGGGAAUCUAUACUUAAAUUUUAAGCCAGAGCAUGUGCCAUUAGCAUAAUGUCACAUAGUUUAUACAUAUGUAUGCCAAAAGAACUUUGUACCCAGGUUAGGGUGUUACAAAGGAAUCCUCGAUGAGUUAUUGCUUGUACCUUUCCUCAAUGCACAACAGUUCCAUUAUGUUUAAAAUGCUUAAAACAAGACAGAGAAUCUUAUGUUCUGAAGUCCUUGAGCUUUUUUGGACAUACGUGAAUUGAGGCUUUUUGUAAGGAAUUCCUUUCAGGAUAAUAGUUUCUGUUCAGUUUUAGCAUCCCAUUCUGUUAUUGACAUCUUGCCAGCAUAAAAGGGCAAGUACACAGCUGACACCAGAAGCUUUGUUCAGAAGAUACCCCUAUUUGUUAAACCCUUGUCUAUCUUACUGCUCUUGUUAAAGGUGGUGUGAAAUUUGCUGUCUCUUACUAAAACAUUUCAGAGUAUCACUCAAACCAUUUCAACACUUGACUAGGUAUUACCCUGCUAACCAACAUAUAAUUUGAUUAUUCUGAAGCUAUUAUUAAAUUGGGAAAUGCGUGCAACUUUAUUUUGCUAUUAUUUCUAAUUUCAUUUCAAGGUCUUUUAUAAAUCUCUUGCAUGUACUGUGUAAAAUUUCUCAUGUAUUAUUAAGCUGCUGAGCGUGCUUAAAAUCUACAGCUUUUGACAUACUACACAGUUUGAGUAUAAAGUCAGACAGUAUACUUUGGAGAAGGCUGUUGUCACUGUGGGCAAAAAAUGUAGUACCUCCAAAUACUUACAUGUUUCUAAGCUUGCAAGAUUAUAGUGAAAGUUCAAGGUUGGAACUGUUUUAGCUGAUAGCUCUGAAUCCUAAAUAAACUGAAGAGAUAAAUAAUUCAAAACCAUUUCAGCAACGCUAAAACCAGCAAGAGGGUGUAGAAAACUGGGAGGCCAAAAUAAGUCAAAUCUAGAGGCAGGGUUUCCUCUUAAAAAUGAAAAUUGCUUAUCAAAUUUGCAGAAUACAUUCUUAUAGAUGGCUUUUAACCUUACUUUCUUCCUGUUACAUUUGUACCAAAGGCUGACUUUCAAAGACGCAUUUCCUCUUAAUUUUUUUGAUGCUAAUACAGCACCACUGAUUCCUGUUAUUCAGCCAUCUGAAACAGUAAUACAGUGGUGAGCUAUUGACAGAGACCAAGAUGUGGGGAGAAAACCCUGUGUCCAAGCAGUGCGCUUUGGUAUAAAACAUGAUUUUCAUAAUUAAUUUCUGCCCUUGCAAUAGAAGAGAACAGUAAGAUAAAGAAGGAAUUAAGGGGGAAGAGAGAUUCUUCUUGUAGCCAUCUUCUGCAGAGGGCAAGAGAGAAUCAGCUGUGGGGUAUUUGCAGACUUCUGUGUUUAUAACAGUUUCAUUUGUUAUUAGCUUCCUUUAAAGGUUUUAUUCAUGCUGUUUACAAGUGGGAUGGCAAAUUAAUGCAGUAUUAGGAAAAACUUUAUUUUGAAAUAUGAUCUGAUUGUGGUCUGUCUUCUCAGGGGACCAAAUCACCCUUUGUAUGUCCGUUUGCAAUAAAUUUUCUAAAAUAUUUUUUA